AUGAACGUGUUUGUUUUCUUAGGAAACCUCGUAUACCGCCGCUGGUUUCUAGAUGGCAGUGAUCCAGAUGUGGGGUAAGAUUGAGGGCGGGGAGGGGGCGGAGAUGUGGCGUUUUACCUUACCCCUAUUUUCGGAUUUCCCUUCCCUUCGUAACUUUCUGUAACUCUUAAAUAUAUUUUUUGAUUGACCAUUCUCUCUUGAGAAUGGUUUCAGCAUCGCCUCAAACUUAUGCAUUUUCCUUUCCAACUGCUGCAGGUAGCAUUACACUCAUUGCGUUAACUGGUUAAAUUUUUGUCUUAUAACGUAGGAUUCGAGAGUAAAAUAGUGGCUUGCAUGUUCCUGUGACUGGUAAUUCUUUAAUCACAGCUAGAUUCUAUUCAUUGUUUUUUGUGAUCUUACAGGUAUUUUGGUACCCUUAACCAUAUUGAAGGCUGGUGUCCUGGAAGCAAAGCGGCGACUUUCAGUCAGAAUGGUUCCUAUGCUACUGUGCCCAACGUUAACAUAACAACCUGUGAUUUUACAAUUGCAUUUUGGGUAAAGUAUAUUGGUGUUGACGGGCCUAUACUGGCACUUUGGUCAAAGGGUGGAAAACUAUUUUAUGUUACUGUCAAGAAUUCCAGUCUCCUUUUAUCGAUACACAACACUUUCGACUUACAAGCUAAUUGCUGGUACCAUAUAGCAGUAACCUGUCAGCAGUUUAAGAUCAAGGUCUUCGUUAAUGGUUCGGAGCAGGCGUUGAGAGACCAAUGGAAUGAGUACUACUUCUCAUCGACAAGCCAUUAUCAGUUAGAGUACAUCAUAGGGAAUGACCCAGUUUUGGUCCAGAUGCCAAUGGCAAAUGGGGUGUUUGUUGGAGCAGUCAUGGAUCUUUAUGUGACUGGAAAAGCUUUAUCUGCGAAGCAGGUCUCUGACCUGAGUAAAGGUGAGAAUAGUGUCUAUUCGAGGAUAAAUCGUAUUCUUCGAUCCUUGAUAGGGGUCAGUUGGACGUUAAAAAAUUGAAUAUUCUUUUUAUAGUCUUGGUGUUAGGCUUUUAAAGAUUGUGCAAGCUUAAUGUUUUGGCAUAAUUCGUCAUAAUUUUCAUCAAUUUUCCAAAAAUUAUUAUAAUAAUUUGCACUUUUGUGUAGUUUUACAGCUCAAAAUUGAUCAUGUUACCACUUAUUUUGGCCCGAGAGCAGAAUCACGGGCAAAUUUAAGUAACAAAAUCAAUUUUUUGUCUGCUUAUAUUGUCACAUUCGUGGGACUCAGGUCCCGCAGGAAUUAAUCAAGGUAAUCAAGAACUCUUUUUACAUGACUCAACGCAUGCGCAUAAUUAGCUCGAUUAUUUAAGAUGGCGUCAGCGUACUGGUCGUUAAUUCAUGUUUCAGUUUUUGUAGUUGUGAGACAGUUUUGCAUAGGUUUAGUGGUGAACUUUUCUACAUUCAUCUAUCACUGCAAAUACAUUAGUAGAAAUCACUAAGUAAUCGCAGUAUUAUUCUCAUUGUUUAAAGGCAAACCAAUUACACCCGUGAUAAACAACGAAGAGUCGGAAAUACAUGGUUGCAAAGUCAAUGUUACGUGGAGUAGAAAAGAAAUAUGCACUAUAACAAAGAGCACUGUACGCUUUAGGGAGAUAAAGCCACUAGGCAUUGAAGCCGAAUGGACAGAACAUAAGGUUCCUUCAACCACCUUUCAUCUUUUAUCUCUGGAAUGCGAUAAGGGGUAUGAAAUUGAAGUGUCUUCCUGGCUUGGAGAAGUUCAAAGCGACUGGUCAGUUUCUUGGAAAUUUAAAACCCGCUCU